AUGGCAAAUGCCGAGACGCUGCAGCACUUCGACGGCGUCGAGGUGAAGUUGAUGUUCUUCAAGCAACAGGUGGAAGUGGAACGCGACGACGUCGCCGUGGUGUGCCAGGGUGUGCAGCCGCGGCCCGACAUCGCCGUGCACCGCUUACGUCUUGAACUUGAUGCCCUACCUCGCCGCGAUGUGUGCCCGUUCGUCCGCCCGCCAGGCCACCCAGCUGAGGACCCGUCUCACUGUUUUCUGCGCCCGCGCACCCGUGCUCACAACCGCGACCCGCCGCCCUCGCUACCGUACGCGAGCUGCUCACCCUCGUACGGGCUGGAGCUAUCGGCUACGAGGUGGAGCAGGAGCCGCGCCGCAUGA